AUGGCUACCUGGGUGUGGUUGGCUGCUUUAUUCUGCGGAUGUCAGGCCGCAGUGUUGCCACCACCUUGGGCUGAUGUGAGGAGGAAUCCUUGCGCUGCUCAUCCGAGAGGAUGGCUGAUGCUGUAUUGGCCAUCGGAUGGAAAAUGUUAUACUAUAUACAAGAAAGGACAUCCGUGUCCAGACACUCAAGAGCUGAGUCCAGGGCGCCUGGGUGGUCGGACGGUGGCAGAGUGCAAAUGCCCGCCAGGUACCGCACAGCUCCCACACACCAAAACUUGCCACAAGCUGUUCCAACGUGGUCCUUGCCGGCACGGAGAAUACUUCGCUCCUGUAGAAGAGUCUUUUAACAUGCGAGGUGAACGUCAAGGUAUGUGCGUGAGGCCACAGCAGUGCGCUGACAAGACCUUGCUCUAUUGGCCGCCCGAUGGCCGUUGCUACUAUAGACUAACCCAGGGUCCAUGUUAUCCUGGAACUAUAUUGGAUUUGGGAGAUGAUGGUCUUGCAAAUUGCACCUGCGCACCAGAUAGUUCACACUACUGGCGAGCAGAUGGCGGAUGCUAUGCGCACUAUUCUAAAGGGCCUUGUGAGCGAGGCCAGCUGUUCCUACCUGGUGCCAGGUGUGGCUGUGAAGCUCACCUACCGCAUUAUCAUAAUGCCACUCAAGGAUGUUAUGAACUUGAUUCGCUUGGUCCUUGUCCUAAAGGCCAUGUCUUUGCCAUAUUCGAAAUUACCGGGAAUGGGUCACGUGCCGAAUGCAAAUGUAAAAACUUCCACGCUCGCGCGGAUGACGGAGCUUGCUAUCGACUUUACACAAGGGGCCCGUGCGGUCAAGACGAAAUGAUCUCUAGAGGAGGACGUUGUGUUAAGGUGCCAUGUGGGCGCGGUCGGCUGUACGUGCCGGAGCGGCGGCGCUGCUACCGAGCGGGCGCCGCGGAGCCUUGUCGCGCGGGCGAACAUCUCGCCUUCGACUUCGACGCUCGCCCUGCACUGGACGGUCUGAGCCACAAUGGCGUUUGUGUCUGUGGAGCUACUGGCCAGCCUUGUAAUCGACGGGAGGUUGCAGCUUGUUCUGCUCGCAAAGGCGCAGUCGUGUUCAAUGGAGCAUGCCAUAUACAGCACACACAAGGGCCUUGUUCUAAAAACUCGUGGCUCGUUAAAGACAGUAAAGAGCAAGUCACUUGUCAAUGUAGACCUGAUGUCAGUGACUGUUCCACUAAAUUAACAAACAGUUGACAAAAACAUGUAAGAAAUGGACAUUAUUGGUUUUAACUUGAGCUUUGUAAGCCAUAUUUUAUGAUUAGUGGAUAAAAUAAAUGCUAUUAUAUAAUGUGCCUUAAAUUGUUCAGAAAUAAUGUUGGAUUUCGGCUUUGAUGAUAAAUUUCGUUUGAAGACUUCUUUGUUCGCAUGACAAUGGACCUGGCAUGAAGCAUGUUAUUUACAAGCCGAAUAAAAUACGAAGAAAAAAUUGGUACAUACGAAACGUUUUAAUUAUAAUAUUUAAGGAAUGGGUGGAAGGGGGAUAUAUUUAUUUAUGGUGUUAUGUGUUACAACAAAUAUUUUUGUAGUGCAUAUAUUAUAUGUAGCAUAAUAUCUGUAUACUUCUAGCUGACGUGAAACAUAAACAUUGUGAAACUUUGGUUUACAUUGAGAUCUUGAAUAAACAUACACUACUGUAAAAAUCGAAGCUGGAGAUCACUAAAAUCAAACCAACUACACAACUACAAAGAUCACAAAGCAAAUUUAAAAUUGAUAACAUUUUUUAGUGUUUUGUGAACUUUAGAAUUUCUCGCUUUAAUAUUCUUUUUUGCUAUGAGAAAGAGCCAAUGAGACAACGCAUGUAGCGUCAUAUUUAUGGCCCGUCCCCUGGAGAGCAGUGUCAGUCCAUCAGGUCUUUUUCUAUCAUCGCGACUAUUGAAAUUCAAUAAUAGCAGAAACGUCAAAGUCGGCAAGAUCCCUAUUUUUUAUAUAAAACGUAUUUUAUAUAAGUUUUAUUAUAUAAGCCGUGGAUUUAAAAAAGUAUAUAAUAACAAACUUCUUUCUUGCAAUUUUGUUACAAUUGUCAGUUUUAUAUUAUAUUUAGUAUACUAAAAUUGUGGACAAAAUUUCAACGAAUCCGUUGAAUAGUUAAAAAAAUAUUUUUAAGACUUGUCCUACACAUACUAAAUAGAUAGAA